AUGUUGCUGCCAACGCUGAUAUUCACACUUUUGGCCCUUAGCUCCUCUUUAAAAUUGCCACCAAGUUUUCAGAAAUGUAAUCGAAAACAACCCGAUUUCAAAGAGUGCCUGCUGAAGGCAGCCCAAAACGGCACCGCUCAGUUAAACCGCCCAGUUCUGAAGGACUUCAAUAUUCCGAAUUUGGAACCAGUGAAGGUACUAGAAGCCAUCAUUAGCUCUGGAACGGGACCUGUGCAAGUCGAACAGAUGUUCAGAAAUUGCGAAGUUCGCGGUUUAUAUCUGGUAAAGUUUGAGACGUUUGACUGGGAUUUUGAUGCGAAGUCUAUGCAUUUUCGAGUAUUUGUUUCGGAAGUGAACCUACGCUGCGAUUAUAACUUGGAUGGAAAAGUUCUCCUUCUGCCAAUAAGAGGCACUGGCUUAGCAACAAUACGACUGACGAACACAACAGGAGCUGUCGAGGUGAAAUAUGAAGAAGUCAAAAAGGCGCACAAAACCUAUGCCAAAUUUGUAUCUAGUAAAGUGAUUAUGGAUCCAAAAAAUGUUCACUUUAAUUUCGAUAAUUUGUUCGAUGGUGAUAAACAGCUGGGCGAUAAUAUUAACAAUGUGUUGAAUGAAAACUGGAAGGAAGUUUUUGAUGAUGUACAUGACGGUUAUAGUGAACUGGUAGGCCAGAUUUUCCUCCAGCAUAUGAAUAUUCUGUUUUCCAAGGCGUCCUUGGAAGAACUUUUGGAUUAAGUUUAAUCAGGUUUAUUUACAUAAAUAGUUUUGUUUUAUU